CAAUUGGAACGGAAGCCAUGAUGGAAGUUUGCGAGAGCAGCGAGAGAAACGAGUCAGUAGGGAAAGGGACGUGUCAGGGAAGAAGUGCGGGCGAGUAAUAUAAUUACACAGAUUUGUUAGCUAUGUUUAAGGUGGAGGCUGUCAAUUUUCCUGUCAUAUUUUUUAGUUCCGACGACGUGGAUCGUUUUGUCGGAUGAGUUCUUUUUUUGUUGUUGAAGAAUUGACAUGCUAACUAGAUACGCUAGCCAUAUCUAGCUACGUGUGUGCAGAGAUCGAGUGUGUGUCACAGUCACUAUUCUGGGCAAYGAACGUCGGYGAGAUUUCUCUCCGCUUUUCUGGCAUAAUCACGGCGCCUUGGGCGAAAUCAGAUACUUGGUACGCUCUUAAAAUACAACGGUUCGAGGGCUGGAUAAUUAAUCACCUAUUCAUCUGGAGGAUUUUGUGUCAAAUUGUGGCAUCUGGGAAGCCGGGCCUGUGGUGGAACGGAGAGAGGCCCUCCUUUAUGACCCAGCAGCAGCAGAAGCUAUUCUAGCUAGCACGGCUAGCUUAGCUAACUAACGUUAGCUGUCAACGUUUGACACCAACGGGAUUGCGAGGGAGAAAUAUUGGCAGCAUUUCAUACAAAGGCAACAACAAUACUUUAUCUUAAUAUAAAAACGUUAAAGACUCCUGUGACAGAUAUGGCUGCAAUCAUAAAGGAAAUUGUCAGCCGAAACAAAAGGAGAUACCAGGAGGAUGGGUUUGACUUGGACUUGACUUAUAUUUAUCCGAACAUAAUUGCUAUGGGCUUUCCUGCUGAAAGACUUGAGGGUGUCUACAGAAACAACAUUGAUGAUGUAGUACGGUUUCUGGACUCUAAGCACAAAAAUCAUUACAAGAUCUAUAAUCUGUGCGCUGAGCGACAUUAUGACACAGCCAAAUUCAAUUGCAGAGUUGCACAAUAUCCGUUUGAGGAUCACAAUCCCCCCCAGCUGGAGCUGAUUAAACCGUUCUGCGAAGAUCUUGACCAGUGGUUAAGUGAGGAUGACAAUCACGUGGCGGCGAUUCACUGUAAAGCUGGAAAGGGACGUACGGGUGUCAUGAUCUGUGCAUACCUCUUACACCGGGGCAAGUUCCUCAAAGCACAAGAAGCUUUGGACUUCUAUGGAGAAGUCAGGACCAGAGAUAAGAAGGGAGUGACAAUCCCCAGCCAGAGGCGCUAUGUCUAUUACUAUAGCCACCUUCUCAAGAACCAGCUGGAUUACAAACCAGUGGCUCUGCUCUUCCACAAGAUGGUGUUCGAGACGGUGCCCAUGUUCAGUGGCGGAACGUGUCGGGACACUUCCGUUAAAAACAAGAGCGAGCAGAUUCCACAUGGUUUCAGGAAAGGGAAUUGGCACUGGGAUCCUCAGUUUGUGGUGUARCAGCUCAAGGUAAAGAUCCACACGUCCAACCCGGUGAACACGCGGAAGGAGGAGAAGUAUGUGUUCUUCGAGUUCCCCCAGCCGCUGCCCGUGUGCGGAGACAUCAAGGUGGAGUUCUUCCACAAACAGAAUAAAAUGAUGAAGAAGGACAAGAUGUUUCACUUUUGGGUGAAUACCUUCUUUGUCCCUGGACCAGAGGAGAACUUUGAGAAGGUUGAGAACGGGACGUUACCAACGGAGAUGUUACCAACGGCGACGUUACCAAAGGAGCAGGCAGGAAUCCAAACGGGAGGAACGGGGGACAACGACAAGGAUUACCUGAUCCUCUCACUGACGAAGAACGACCUGGACAAGGCCAACAAGGAUAAAGCAAACAGAUACUUCUCCCCCAACUUCAAGGUCAGUCAGGUGAAGCUGUACUUUACCAAGACCGUGGAGGAUAUCUUCAACUCUGAGGCCAGCACUUCCACCUCGCUAACGCCAGACGUUAGUGACAACGAGGCGGACCAUUACCGAUACUCUGACACCACAGACUCUGACCCGGAGAARGAACCGUUUGACGAAGAUCAACACACGCAAAUAACGAAAGUGUGAGGUUUUUAUGGGAAGUAAAAAAAUUAAUUAAAAAACCUUUCAGAGGGGAAAAAAAGGAACUUGAAUAUAAACUGAAAAGCAAGUACCUUUUUCCGCACCAACCUACAGCAGCAGGACAUUUGCGUCACGGAAUAUGCCACCAAUUUUAYGAACAAUGCUGACCAAGUUUUCUUUGUUCUUUUGAAAUGUUUUGCCCCUUCCCCGCUCGUUCAUCCGGAAAGUAUUGACACCGUUGUUGAGUGGGAAAAGGUUCAGUAGCUGUAGUGUUAUACCUUUUUGUGUCAAAGACUAUAGAAGAAGAUUUCRGCUAUCAGGAGAUGUGAGAUCUGGUAUUGGAAAGGCUUAUUGGAAAUCAUAAAUUUCACUGCUCCAUCUCCUGUGGAAACCAAGGCCAGUGCUUCUGUCACUUUCUCCCACUUCAUUCGUUGCCCUCCACCAUGSCCCUACCACCCCACAUACCACCCCUUCCAUCCUGUCUACUGUGAAUGCUUCUUGUGCUUUUUGCAGGUGGUCUCACAUGAGUUUGUGCAGUGUAAACUGCAUGUUAGAAUUUCUCCAGUCGACUUAUGAUUAUUAUUGUGAUUAUUAUUAUAAUUAUUAAGCUACAUGACAUCUAACCAAUGUCCAUACCUUCUAUCAUGUCUGUUCAAGGUAUGCAGAAACCCAGUGUCCCAUGUAUUGUUGAUGUUUUUAUGUUAAGGUAAAUAGAACACAAAACGGCAGGGAAGCCAGUGUUGCAAUAACGUGAACACUAUAGUUAAACGACAAACGGUGUGCAUGUUAUUGGAAUCGUUGUUUAAUAAAUUGUAUACCAUGUUUUUCAACAACAAAAAAAUUGAUUUCUAAAGCUGAUUUUAUUUAGCCAGGAGGUCAAAAAUGGAAUCCUUUAUUUUCAUGGUAUCUGCAGGUAUAACUURAGUCUUUUGGCAAGCCAUUUAGAAUGGCCUUGUGUUUUAUGAUACAGUACAUGGCGUCACGCCCCCCCCCCCCCCUUUUAACAGUAACCGGAUACAGUUUUGGCAAUCAUCACAGAGGACAAUGGUAUCAUGUUUUGAAUUCAUUUUCAGUGUGUAAUGUGCUUAUAGAGGGGUAAUCUGUUCCAAAUGUGUACGUUAUGACAUGCCGUACUACAGCAUGUAUCCAAACCUGCAUUAGUGCGUCUAGGUCGGUGUCCCCUCAGUCUCUAGAAAGUUUUUCGACAAACUGCACUUUUUGUCAUCUUAGUAUGUGCAUGGACACACCAGAAGUGGUGAUGCUGACCUAGUCUUGACACCUGUUCAGUAAGGCCAAUAGAGGUGACGCUUGGUAAGAGACCGAGGCGACAGAGUGGGAUUGAAUGUUYAGCUUUGUCUGAACCGAUCCAGGGGUGUUUAAUGCAGGUUUUGAUCAACCCAGGAGUGGAUAAUAUGUGAACUUAGGUGCUCUUUAGGUUUUUUURCCCCUCUUGAGACAUCAGAUCUUUUACUCCUUGAAUGACUUGUUUUGCAGCCUUAUCGUAUUUGGUCCAAUAAGAUCCGGAUCACUUGUACAUCCAACAAAAGGUGCUUAAACUGCCAAGCUGCAUGCUUACGAUCCAACAACGGAGCCAAGAAUCUGUACCUAUCCUAUGGUGCAAGUAGCUUCAGUGGCAUACACUACUUCUGUGUGAGAACUUUUUAAUGUGCACUCCCACGUGCAUUUUUCUGCAGUUGCUGUCCCUAACUGGUUGGGGUUAUUUCCCUUUUUGUUGCGUUUUUCCYUUCUUCUCCUUUUCAAAAACAGGUUUCAUUCCGUUGGGGAAUGAAAUUAGCGCAGCUACAGAUUUUACAAAGUCUUGUGCUUGCUCAUGAAAUAUACAGAGCCCUAUAUAUGCGAAUAUUUAAAUAUGUAUCAUUUAUUUUCAGCAUGCCAAAUUUUUUGUAACACCUGGCCUGUGGCAUGCCACGGGCCAGACCCAGGAAUCUGCACUGAGGGUAGUGAUGUAAGCUGCCUUUUCCUGUACUCUUGACAUUAAGGCUUCCCUCUUUUCAACAAUCCAUCGCACAUGCCGUUUCAUCUCGCCUUGUUUUUAGACUACUUUCCCUAGGUGUCUGUCUGUUCUUUUGUCUGUUUUUCUUCAUCGUAAAGUGUACCCUAGCCAACCCAGGAACACUUCAUCUAGAAUUCUCUUUUUUUGUUUACAUUUUAUGACAUCACUGAAAACCUGCCAAAAGUAAGCUUGAUAAUUAUUUCUUUUUGUUAGUUUUUUUCUUUGUUCUUUAAGGUGGGGCCUAUGGGAGAUAUUCUUUGCCUUACUUGAAGUUGACAAAGCUUACUCUGCUAUUGCUUUGAAAUCUACCAUUCUGCCCAAGCACUGACUUGAUAGUUAAAGUACUUAUUUAAAGCUACUAUUAAUAGAGCAACAUAUUGUACUAGACUUUUGCACUGUUACAGGUUUUUGCAGGGUUUCAGUCAGUGGUCCACAGUAUUUCCCCCUCCCCCUCCGUAAAACAAAUGCCUUGCAAUCAGUGAAAGAAGGUGGAAUAAUAUGGAUAGUUGUACCUUAAUCUUGUAUCCAUGCAUCCCCAUGAAUAAACUAUUUGACAGUAUUCUGUUAAAGACACUCUGCAGGUAGUAUUUAUUUUUUAGCCCGAUUAGUAGAUCUGGAUCAUAUGCUUACUAUUCUGGAUGUUCAGCAGCUUAAAUGUAUGAAUCUAUUCAAGGGCAUCCCUGUUAACGAGCUUAUUUUAAAGUUACUGUCCAGUGAAAUUCAAACUUUUUAAAAAGUUAACUCCUAUCCAUAUAAUGUUGACUCGUCUUAUACUCAUUUGUGGCAAAAGCAUACAUUGGAGGAAAAAAAUACUCAACACCUAAAACUUGUCUUAGACUGUUUAAAAAAUGCUUGCCUUUUCCUCAUAGAGAAUGUCAUCCUGUCUUAUUGGCUGAGCUGGCCAAUCAGCUGUCUACUUGCAUUUGAUAUUUUUAAUGACCGGUAUAUGCCCACACCAUUCUGUUGAGGUACGCCCACACCAUUCCAACACAGAAAAGCUACUUUUUAACAUGCUUAAUUACCCAUUUUUGUAAGGACAAGUAUUUCACUCAUUGUAAUUUAAUUAUAGGACAUCAUUCAUAGAAAUCUGGAAACACUGGACAGUUACUUCAAGUUAAGGCUAUAAGCCAUCCUCUAGACAUCUGUAGCCCCACUUGAAAAACAUUUUCCACAGUACCUUAACAUAAAGUACAAAUAUAGUAAAGGGGAAACCUACGGGAACCUUUUUUAUAUGGCACGGGCUAAAACCUGUGUGGAGUUCACGGGCAGCAUCAAAACUUAAGUUUCAGCUCUAAAAAGAAUUAAAAUCAUCUUAAAGGUGCCAGUGUGUAAGAUUCAUGUCACUAGUUUUUAGCUGAUUUGUGCAAUAUGUUAUGAUGCCUGUCUGUGGUUGCCACAAAGUGCCUCUUGUUUACUAUUGAGAAAAAUAAAUAAAA